CGGGAGUUCGGCGUAACAUUCCCAACAAAUCUACCAGAGAAUUACUGGGCGAACAGGAGUGUGACGGAUGCCACUGAGCAGAUCUGCAAACACUGAAAAACGGUUCUAGCGAUCAAUGUUCAGCUACGUGCCAUCACAAACAGAAGACACACACUUCCGUCGGACUUGAAAGAAAAUGUUAAUAAACAAUGAGGCGAAAAAAAUUGUUAAUUUAAAACAUCUCUCAAAAGAAGAACGAAUAGAAUUUAUAAAUUCAUUUGAUCGAAUAUUUUGUGACUGCGAUGGUGUUAUUUGGCAUACAUCACAGUCACCAAUUCCAGAUACUGGUAAGGCUAUAGAAUAUCUGCGAAGUAUUGGAAAAGAUGUAGUUUUUGUAACCAACAAUAGUAUCCGUGUCAUCGAAGAUCAACUUUUAAAGCUCAAAGGAAACCAUAUUAAUGCCACAAAAGAACAAGUAAUUCAUCCAGCUCAAUCUGUUGCAGAUUACCUAAAGGAAAUUGAAUUUGAAGGAUUGAUUUACUGCAUUGCUUCAGGGCCAUUUAAAAGUACUUUAAGAUCUGCAGGUUUUGAAAUCACAGAUGGGCCAAACAGAAUGUUAGAUGAAACAAUACAAGAUUUGGCAGUAAAUAUAUUUUGUAAUGAUCCUGUAAAAGCAGUUGUUAUCGAUGUGGAUUUUAAUCUAUCUGUAGCGAAGCUUAUGCGAGCUCAUAGGUAUCUCAAAAAUCCCAAUUGUCUUUUUUUGGGUGGAGCAGCAGAUUUGAUAAUUCCUUUAGGAUCAAAAGAUAUCAUUGGUCCUGGCCCAUUUAUAAACGUUGUUGAACAAUCAACAAAACGGAAAGCUAUCGUCCUUGGAAAACCAGGAGAAGCACUUGGUGACUUUUUGAAAAGGCGUUGUAAUGUAAAAGAUCCCAAAAGGGUUCUUUUUAUUGGAGAUAUGUUGGCUAGUGACGUUAAAUUUGGCCACAUGUCAGGAUUUCAAACAUUGGUGGUACUCACAGGAGGAACCACACGUGAUGACUUAUUUAGGGAAUUACCUGAAGAUGAAACACCUGAUUUUUAUAUCGACAGUAUAGCUGACUUAUAUAACUUUAUUUAGAUUUAAAACAAAAGCAAGAAACUUCGAGGAAAGAUAAACUAGCCAAAAAGCUUGGGUAAAAAAAUAGCUAUAAUAAAUGCCAUCUUCAUUGAUAUGUAA